AUGGGUGAAUUCGAUGCGGCCGAAAAAUACAUUCAUCGUUUUCUCAAUCAAUUGCCUCGAAAUCACAGAGACUUUACUCUCUGUUGUCAUGCGCUCGGUGUUAUUACAGAGGAGAAAGGCGAUUAUGAUUUGAGUCUACAGUGGCAUCAGAAAUCGUUGGAAAUGUGGGUGGGAACAUUGAAGUCGAACGAUCCCACCUUGGGAGAUGCUCAUAAUUGUAUCGCUGUUGUCUAUCGAAAAAAAGGCGAGUACAAACGGACACUUGACUCGUAUGAAAAAGCCUUGAUGAUUUUUCAACAAACAUUGAGUGAUGAUCAUCUCAAAAUCGCCAUGUGUUUUAAUAAUAUUGGUGUUGUCUAUUACGAAGACAAGAAAUAUUUAAAAGCGCUAGAAUAUUAUCAAAAGGCCUUAGUUGUAUGGCAAAAGCAUCUUCCUGCUAAUCAUUCUCACUUGGGAGCAGCAUAUAACAACAUUGGCGAAGUUCAUAGAUAUCUCGGUCAGUAUGAUUUGGCGCUAAAGGUUCAUAAGGUUCAUCUGUCGCUCGACAUUUAUCAAAAAUUUCUUCCUCUUCAACAUCCCGAUACUGCCACAACAUUCGCAAAGAUUGAUCUCGUUCACGAACAGAAAGGCGAUAUGAAACAAGCACUCAUACUUUUAGACAAAGCAGCCGUUUAUCUUUCGUCACGCAUUGCCUCCGACCAAUUCUGA